AUGCGCUACCUCGGGGCGGGAGGUUGUAGUGUUGUUUUCGCGCUGACCGAAGAAGAAGCAAAUGAGACGUGGGCACAAAAAGAUGUACAGCAGCGGCCCACACCGCGUUGUCAUCUUGCACUGCGGCUAACCAAAGGAAUGAUAUCUGAAUGCCCUAUUUGUCGUCACAUACUGCGGGAUUUUGUGGGAUUUACACAUGAGAUUCAUUUAACAGAAGCAUUGCGAGCCCGCUGUGCAUCUACAUUUCCCCCGCUUGCAGACCACUGUUGGACUGCAGUACGUGCUCAUCUUAUUCCUGAUUUUGCAGUUGAUCCGUCUUUACCAGUAGAGAACUGGAAUGGGACGCGGUGGUUUACUGUUGAGAUUAAACCAAAAGGGGUAUGGCAACAUCCACAAGUGAUAGGUAUUAUUGUAGAUGAUGUAGAGUAUUACAUGCAUCCUGUAAAACGGCGUCAAUGCCGUUAUUCACUUAUGCAAGCCUUAAAAUAUGAACGACAAAAUAAAGGAAAUAAACAUUCAAUAUUUUCUGAAUCUACCUAUUGUCCUAAUCAAAUGUUAUUGGGAGAUGAAGUAUCUAUAGCAGCUGCCUUAAGGCAUUUGAAUAGUAAUCCUUCGAAUAACUUAAAAUAUUUUCAUUUAGAAGAUUUUCCAGGAGGACUAAAGGAAGAUGAACUUAAUGUGUUGUCUAACGCAUUAUAUCAAUCAGGGGUGUUUUCCAUCUUGGCAAACUUGCAGCUCUACGGCACCGAAACCAUAUGUGACUGGAGUGUGCUUGAUAUUGAACUUUUAUAUCAUUGGAGCAAAGCUUGUGAUCCGUCAAGUGUGCGAUGGAUUGUGAGUAAUUUAAAUAAUUCCCCACUUAAAGACAUGAAUUGUACUUGUCAGAGAGAAAGGGAUAGGCAAACACAAGAUUUGCAAAAUAAUGAAAUGAGGAAUAUAAAGUAUGUGAUUCCACCAAUAAACUUGGAAGAGUGUGUAAAUCGUUUUUAUGUUUCAACAACAGCAAAAGAUGCCUCAGUUUUGGCAACACUAUCUACUAGGGAGGAGGAGGAUAAGGAAAAGGAGAAAAUAGAAAGAAUAAGAAAAACAAGUACAUCUUGCAAUCACAAUAAGUUUACAAAAUGGAAAGACUCUCAUGGUGGUAUCCUUAUGAAAAUUGACUCUCCCACCUCUAGUGUGUGCCGUAUCGGUGUGGUGGAUGUGGAUGGGAAGAAGCACAAGUCUCUUCUUCACUACUUUGAACGUGAUCAAGAGAUACUUGCUGCUUGGGAACGGGUGAAAGGUGGUGUACAAUACAGUCCAUAA